AUGGCCUCCGAAAUAGAUAGUAGUGAAAAAGUGACAGAUUAUCUGCGUGACAGUGAUGUAAAAAGACGAAAGGAAAAGAAAGCUAGAUUGAUAAUCGUAUUCACGAUAGCUUUCCUUACAUUAUUAUUUGCUGCAUGGAACAUAUGGCGCAUGGUUAUUGCUGUUCAAGAGCCGGUAGUAACAAUCAAAGAUGUAACCCGUUCUGAAAUACCGGUUCCGGGUGUGGUCUUUUGCGGGACAUCGCUGGAUAUGCCUAUAAACUGUUUCAAGGCAGCAAUGAAUCAGGCAGAUGAUAAUUACGCCGCGGCACCUCCAUGUGACGAAUACAUACGCAGCCCCACUGAUGCAUCGAGUUAUGUCAAUUUACAAGGAUUCGUCAAUCUCACAAACUACUAUUGCUAUGAAUUCAAUCCCUCGGUUCCGGCCAGUGGCGAUGGUCCGCCAUUACGUUAUAAUAGCACAAUUCAAAAAAUUAUCCUUUCGCUUUGGUCGAAAACCAAGGCGAAUAAUACGUUGGGUGCCAUCACAAAUGAUGCUUGGUAUUUGUAUGCUGUCUUCUCAGAAGUUGAAGAUCCAAGGGAUGCAAUGUUUCAGAUUGUCAAAUUCCCCGCAAUAACCUACGUCUACUUUAAAAGACUGGAAAAAUACGACUCUACCAAGUCAGAUGCCAUAACUGGCGGUCGCUCGAGCGCUCAUCAAAACAACGGAGCACAUGUUGAGCUUGAUACUACUCUGUCAACCUUUGAUAUUGAAGGAUUUGGUAUCAGUGCAAAUUUGUGGGGAAUAUUCAGAAUCAUACCAGAACGCUACAACUUUGAUGCAGCGGCAUUGUCGUAUACGUAUCCAGUAGAGAUUUGGAAUAACAGAGUUGAGUUUACGCUGUUACAGAUGGCAGCAAAUAUGGGAGGUUUCGUUAGUAUUUUGACAGCUCUGUACUUGUUGCUAUUUGGAACGAGGAGGACUGUUCCGUGGGGAGUUGUACAGAAAUACGUUCUCAAAAACAUCCCACCGCCGCCCCCCGUCUACACCCCGGCGACGCUUCCACCAUAUGCAGACAGCCGCUUUCAUGCUUCUGAUCAGGCAGAAGCAAAUCGGAUGAAUAAUCUUGAAUCUACGACAAAUCAUCCCGAAGUGACACCUUAUCCAGACGACGCUUAUCCCACUACUGCUUCUCCUCCGGCACCAUUCCCAUACUAUGGUCUCGAUCCUGCUGAUAGGUUACUAACUGCAGAGAGACAUAAUAACGAGGCAGCUGACGAUCAAGAGGCGGCAAAUUUCUAUGAAUUGAAUGAUCCUGUGAUGUUGCGAUUACGUCAGGAAUUAAGAAUGGAGGUUCAGAGCACUAUUGCAAACGAAUUGGCCAAGAUGAGAGCUUAUCUGAACAAGUACUAUUUUCAGGGCGAGUUCAAAUCAGAAUGA